GCUAUUUUGUGGAAAAGGUAACCUCCGCUCCGCGGGCAGCUGUGGUCCCAUUUUGGAAGGCAUCGGUUACUUCCAAACCUUUUAUUCGCGUCGGCUUGAACACAUCUUUCUCUCUUCCUUACUUCCCUCCUCUUUUUCUACCCGGUCACUUCCCGCGACGACGAGCACACGAUGGCAAUUCAAAAGGAGCCCGGCCAGAAAGGUAUCAACUGGUCGAACAUUGCCGUCGGUGCUAUCAUGAACAUGUUUGUCACGACCCUCGGCCAACCCUUGGAAGUUCUCAAGACCCAAAUGGCCGCCAACCGGUCUCAGACUUUACUCGAGGCUACCAAGUCAGUAUGGGGCCGUGGUGGUGUUGCCGGGUUGUAUCAGGGUCUGAUUCCUUGGGCAUGGAUUGAAGCCUCCACUAAGGGUGGUGUGCUUCUUUUCACUGCUUCUGAAAUCGAGACAACUGGUGUUAGUAUGGGUGUCAGCCCUGCUACCGCUGGUCUCUUGGGUGGUAUGGGUGGUGGUAUUGCUCAGGCUUAUGCAACUAUGGGAUUCACGACGUGUAUGAAGACUGUUGAGAUCACGCGACACAAAGAGGCUGCUGUUGGUGUACAACGGUCAACAUUCCAGGUAUUCAUGGACAUCUACCGUCGCGAAGGUAUCCGGGGCAUCAACAAGGGUGUCAAUGCUGUUGCUGUGAGACAAUGUACCAACUGGGGUUCUCGCAUGGGUUUUGCUCGUCUUGCUGAAACUACGAUCCGGAAUGUACGCGGGAAGGGCGAAAAUGACAGUCUAGGUGCCAUGGAUAAGAUCUUGGCUUCCUCCAUCGGUGGUGCACUGGCUACAUGGAAUCAGCCUAUAGAGGUUGUCCGGGUUGAGAUGCAAUCGAUGGCUAAGACGACUGCAAAUGCCAACCGCCCAGCAAAACUAACUAUCCUCAACACCCUUGGCUUCAUCUACAAGGAAAACGGUAUCAAGGGUCUCUACCGUGGUGUAACACCCCGGAUAGGUCUUGGUAUCUGGCAAACAAUCUGCAUGGUGUCGUUUGCGGACUAUGUGAAAGUCUGGGUGAAAAACCGUUCAUAAGGGAUUGCAAUAGCGAUGGCAUUUUAAUCCUCAUAGACCGAUAAUUAUAUAUUUUGACAUACGCUUUAUAGAUACAUACCACUUUUGCUGCUCGCUAUAUGUAUAUGUU